AUGAUGACUUCUGGAAGCCACACACAGCAUGUUUGGGCAGUGCUGCAGUACCCCGCGGAUCCCCAAAAAGGUCUGCCUGUUCGGUAUCGGAUACUGCAGAGCUGCUUCGAUCAAUACACCCUCAGCGCAUGGCUGGAUCCUAACCCGGACGAGGAACGCUUCAUACGGAAGCGGGACGUUUACGCCCCGAAGAACCGGACGCUGGAGAACGGGGGUCCAGGUUACUGGAUCAAGAUGCAGCGGCCGGAGAAGGAAGGCGGCUAUGAUUUCGCUGGGUACUCUGCCAAGGACGGUUUCCAUUUGAUUCCGGGUUCGGUGCUGCAGGAUGCCUUUCGGGACUUGCAGAAGGCUGCUGCGCAGCACGGUCAGGGUCGGCUGCUGACUGCCCAGGAGAUGUUUGCAAAAGGCGGCUACCUGGACAACCUCGGGUCUUGGCUACAGCGUGCGCACGAAGCAGCAACGUCCUUCCCUCUGGGAAUGUGGACUCAGGAGCUUCAUGAUGACUUUAUCAACCUCUUCGGCUUCCCUGUCCUGGACUUCUACCCUGGUGUCCCAUACAUUGGACAGUUCGGGGUCAUGAGGAAACUGUAUGAGUCUGGGAGCCCAUGGAACCUGGCAAGAGGCAGCCAGGCGAAAGAGAGCGCCGAGUCCAGCCCUAAACUCCAUGGACUCCUCGUGAAGUCGGCGAUUGUCACGCAGGACUGCGCUGAGAACUUCAACGGCCUGCAGCAUUCCCUGGGUGGCCUCAACCCACCCGAGUAUGGCCUCGACCCGAGCCUGGGCCCAGCAACAGCUGAGUGGGUUUGCGGAUCCGAGCUCCAGAAGUGA